CUUGGGCCUUGUAGAGAAGCGCCGAUUCCAGCUCAGGCGCAGAAGGACUCGCAAGGUGCAGAUCCAAGAUUCGCUCGCCAAGGGCGUGGACAUGGAAUACGGUGCUCGUCGACGCCAGGACCGCCUCGACGCCCCGUGCGUGCACGUCUUCACAGGCCUCGCGCUCGGACUGUCGAAGAAGCAGAUGGAGCUCGAGCCGACCAACGAGCAGUGCCUGACCAAGUUCUGC